UGGUCUACAACAAUGCCUCAAGCUAUUCAUAUGAUAUGUUCAAGGGUUAAGAGUGCGCCCGGCUCUUGAUUUCUGCGCCCGUCGUUGCAUCGAUUGUAGAAGGGUGUUGGAAGUCACCGACACUACGGUCGGAAAUAUUGACUUAAGAGCAUCUCUAGUGCAAUGAUGUGGUAUUGAUGAGCAUCAUCUCGUCUAGAAGACGACACAAAGUGGACAGUAUGGUGGCGUUUGGUGGGACUAUCCCACUCUCGCUUGGCUUCUCAUGUUACACCACUUGGUCCUUCCUCUCUCUGCUCCCACUUUUAUCUGAAUUUUACAGUCGAGAACAAACAGUUCACCGCUGCUCGUGUAUCCUUAACUCGGGAAGAGAGCUAUCACGUGAUGAGCAUCUCCGAAUUUGGAAGAUCCUCCUCGGUCUUCAUUCUGCACAAUCUGGCACGGUAUACACUAUAAAUACGUCCUGAGAGCGCUAUAUGAGAUAUUCAGUAAAGAGGGCUCUAUCACCAGCGUUCUCCGGUACUCGUACACGGCACCCAAUUAAGCCCCAUGCUUACUUCAUGCUGACG